UGGAGCCAUGGACACGUUGCUCAUGCUGCUUAACUGAAUCUGCUUGCUUUGCCUGCUUCGUUACACAAGAACUCGCGGAAAUCCCGUCCCCUCCCAAAAUCUCACCACCGACUCCAAAUCCAUCCACGAAUCUCUUCCUCACUCCAACUGCCUCCCCCCGCCGUCAAAAUCCAAUCUUUCCUCUCCACUCCGCCGCUUUCGGCACGCCCUUUCAACCCCAAGAUCGAUCCUACCCCCCACCAAUCCGAUCCAAUCCGCAGCUGGGUUCCACGAAUUGCAAAGGUCUAGGCGUGGAUUGGAGCAUGGCGCUCCGAUCCCCCAACUCGAUGCUGUGGUUAGCACUACUGGUGUGGGCCGCGCUGCUGUGCGGUAGCUGCCAUGGGAGGUUCGUGGUGGAGAAGAACAGCCUCAAGGUGACGUCGCCCAGCGACAUGAAGGGCACCUACGAGUGCGCCAUUGGCAACUUCGGCGUGCCCCAGUACGGCGGCACCAUGGUCGGCGUCGUCGCCUACCCCAAGGCCAACAAGAAGGCCUGCAAGAGCUUCGACGAUUUCGACAUCUCCUACAAGGCCAAACCCGGGUCACUCCCCACCUUCCUCCUCGUCGACAGGGGAGAUUGCUUUUUCACAAAGAAGGCAUGGAAUGCACAAAACGCUGGAGCAGCAGCCAUCCUUGUUGCUGAUGACAAGACGGAACCCCUGAUUACAAUGGACACUCCUGAAGAGAGUGGAAAUACAGACUAUUUAGAGAAUAUCACCAUUCCUUCUGCGCUGAUAACCAAGAGCUUUGGGGACAAACUCAAGAAAGCAAUUGAUAAUGGUGACAUGGUUAAUGUGAAUUUGGAUUGGAGGGAGUCCCUGCCUCACCCUGAUGAGCGUGUUGAGUAUGAAUUUUGGACUAACAGUAAUGAUGAAUGUGGCCCUAAAUGUGAUAGCCAGAUUGAGUUUGUCAAGAGCUUCAAAGGAGCAGCACAGGUACUUGAGAAGAAGGGAUACACACAGUUCACUCCUCAUUACAUUACCUGGUAUUGCCCAGAUUCCUUCAUUCUAAGCAAGCAAUGCAAGUCCCAGUGUAUCAACCAUGGGAGAUAUUGUGCACCUGACCCGGAACAGGAUUUCAGCAAAGGGUAUGAUGGGAAAGAUGUGGUAGUCCAGAAUUUACGUCAAGUCUGUGUUUAUAAAGUUGCUAAGGAGCAUGGAAAACCUUGGCUGUGGUGGGACUACGUGACAGAUUUUGCAAUCCGGUGCCCAAUGAAGGAAAAGAAGUACACCAAGGAAUGCGCUGAUGGAGUUAUCAAGUCACUUGGUCUUGAUCACAAAGCCAUAGAUAAGUGCAUUGGUGAUCCAGAUGCUGAUAAAGAAAAUCCUGUGCUGAAAGCUGAACAGGAUGCACAGAUUGGCAAGGGCUCUCGUGGUGAUGUUACCAUCUUACCGACUCUUGUAAUCAACAAUAGACAAUACAGAGGGAAACUUGAUAAAGGAGCGGUUCUUAAGGCAAUUUGUGCUGGUUUUCGAGAAACCACUGAACCAGCUGUUUGCUUGAGUGAAGAUAUACAAACAAAUGAGUGCUUGGAGAACAAUGGUGGCUGUUGGCAAGACAAGGCUGCUAACAUCUCUGCAUGCAAGGACACUUUUCGUGGAAGAGUUUGUGAAUGUCCAGUUGUAAAAGGUGUUAAAUUUGUUGGUGAUGGCUACACUCACUGUGAAGCUUCGGGAUCUGGCCGUUGUGAAAUUAACAAUGGAGGGUGCUGGAAGGAUUCCAGGCAUGGCCGGACAUAUUCUGCCUGCACGAAUGAUGGUUGUAAAUGUCCGGAUGGGUUCAAAGGUGAUGGAGUCCACAAAUGCGAAGAUAUUGAUGAAUGCAAGGAAAGGACUGCAUGCCAGUGCAAGGAAUGCAAAUGCAAGAACACAUGGGGAAGCUAUGAAUGCGGUUGCAGUGGCGGCUUGCUUUAUAUGAAGGAGCAUGAUACAUGCAUAAGCAAAAAUGCAGCAACAGAGGUAGGAUGGAACUUCUUGUGGGUGAUCUUCUUUGGCCUAGUGGUAGCAGGCAUUGCAGGAUACGCAGUAUACAAAUACAGGAUCCGGAGGUACAUGGAUUCAGAGAUCCGCGCCAUCAUGGCCCAGUACAUGCCCCUGGACAACCAAGGAGAUGUUCCCAAUCAUUCUCACCAUAUCGAGCUAUGAAAAGAGGGAGGAAAACAUGCAACUUCCCCCCAUGUUGCUCAAAUGGGAUGAGAAGAGGUGAAAAACUGGAGAUCAUGAGCUGCAAAUGAACACACAGCCUGACGAUAUGUGUGGUAGUAUCACUCUGAGGAUCUUAUGUUUAGCAAAUUUAGCCCAUUGUAAAUUUCUGGAUUAUCCUGUGGCCGCAUAGUUUCAAAUCGUACCUGGCUGCUUUGCUCCCAUAUAGCGCUGGGGAAAUAUGGAGAUUGCAAAAUUAGGCAAGUUUGUGAUCUCGAGGAAGAACACAAGUAUGGCAUUCCCCACCCAAAAAGACCUGUUUGGAAAGCAUGAAUUUUGUAUAGAAUUUUCGUGUGAAUCAGUUUUGCUUGGUUCUUGCGGAAAAAGAAAAA